UGAACCAUUCAUUAUUUUCAAAGCAACAAAGGACAAUCAACCUUCAUUUGAAAACUUCAAAAACAAACAUUUCAAAGCCAACAGAAACAAGGCUGCAUUUUACCAAAUCCCAAUACUCUAAUGGUAUUCUCCACAAAUCCACUCUCUUUAAGCGUCCCAGACCCCGCUUUCGAGUCAUGGCUCCGAGAAUCCGGCUACCUAGAACUUCUCGACCAACGCUCCUCCUCCUCCACCACCACCACCCCCGCCACAACCGCCGCCGCCACAUCAAGCACCACCACAACCAACCCCACCAUCACCUCCGCAUUAACGGGCGGACUCUUUGUCUCUCUACUCUCCCAUUUGAUAACCCUUCUCUCUCUGCUGACUCUAAACCCGUUAUCGAAGCUGACAACCCAUGAUUUCUCGGGUCAAACCCCGUCUUGGACCCGCGUGUUUAUCGGGGAUUUUGGGUGUUAUUCUUUUCCUUCAACAGCUGACCAGGCUAGGCUCAGAGUUCAUGAGAAUGUUAAGCGCUAUGCCAGAAAUUAUGCCUCUCUUUUUAUUCUCUUUUUCGCCUGUGCUCUGUAUCAAAUGCCUCUUACUCUAAUUGGAUUAAUAUCAAGUUUGGCACUUUGGGAUAUUUUCAAGUUCAGUAGUGAUAAAUGGGGCUGGGAACGAUACCCCGUAAUUCAGCAAGUCUUGAUCCGUACAGCCCAAUGUGACAAUUGUUUGAUGGUGGAAAAUGAUAACUUUGUUGCAGCAACUGCAGUCAUUCUCGUAUGGUUAAAUGUUCAAAUGGCUCUCUUCUGUGCACUUUGUGUCAGCUACACAGUCAUGAUCUUGCAUGCUGCAUUUCGGAAGCUAACACCGGCAAAGCAACCUUCUCGGCAAAGAUAAUGUAUAUGGAAACUGUGUAGUGAGAUGAUUGGCUUUACUUUGGGAUUCUUCACUGCAAGUGAUCGGCAGGUUAUGUGCACUCAGGCGUCAAAGUUUUACUUAUCUAAAUUACAAUGCGAAAGUAAAGCGAAGUAGCGUGAAAACUGGAUUAGAGUUCAUAGCUCACUUGCAUUGAGAUUUAGCUUUUGUAGUGUUUAGCUGAGUCAUUAAAAAAGGAGGUAUUGUUUAGGUGAUAGAUGCAUCAAGUACAUAACAAUUUGUAGAUAAUCACAUCAUUUUAAGACGGCUUAUAGCAAAUUCAAUUUCUGAUACCAUGUUUUCA